AGUGGCAACUGGCUGGCAAUACCAGUUGUUUUGAAUAUUGAUCUUUUAGCCAACCAAUUGCGAUUAUUAAAAUUAUUUAAUGUUCAAUGCAGUCAUUCGCUACAUCAAUGUGUGGCAUGUAGUGUUGGUUGGUCAGAAUACUUUUGGUUCACGUCAAUCGAUCAACGUGAAUCAUUAUUGUCAAAACAUUGUUUAGAAAGAUUUUUAAUAAUUUGUAGUUAAUCACAUAGGCAUACAAAAUGUCUUCACUGCGCAUGAAGGCAGCAAAAUGCCCUUCUGAUGAGCUUGCCAUCACAAACUGCGCCCUCAUUAAUCCAGAUGAUUUCCCUAGCGAUGUCAAGCAUAUAGAGGUUACGACUGGACCUUCUCAGCAUUUCGUAUUUAGUAUUCGAUUCUAUAGUGGAGUUGAUCGUGGCACUGUGGGAUUUUCAGCACCACAGCGAAAAUGGGCUACUCUGUCUAUUGGGCAGCCAAUUGACGUGAAACCAUUUAAACCACAAAAUGCAGAAUGCUUGUGCAGCGUAUCAUUGGAAGCGGACUUUAUGCUGAAGAAAACCACUUCCUUAGAACCAUAUGACUCGGAACAAAUGGCGCGCGACUUCCUCAUUCAGUUUUCCAAUCAGAUCUUCACCGUUGGACAACAACUGGCAUUUUCAUUUCAGGACAAAAAAGUUUUAUCAUUGAUUGUGAAGAAUUUAGAAGCCGUGGAUGUACAAGCGUUGGCAUCAGGAGCAAAUGUAGUACCGCGUCGAUGCAGAAUGGGAAGAUUGUUGCCCGAUGCCUGUAUCCAGUUCGACAAAGCAGAAAACUCUUCCCUCAACUUAGUUGGGAAGGCUAAAGGAAAACAACCACGACAAUCCAUUAUCAACCCCGAUUGGGACUUCGGCAAAAUGGGGAUCGGUGGUCUGGACAAGGAGUUCAACGCUAUUUUCAGACGUGCGUUUGCAUCACGUGUCUUCCCUCCAGAAGUUGUGGAGCAAUUGGGAUGCAAGCACGUAAAAGGUAUCUUGUUAUAUGGACCUCCCGGCACGGGUAAAACCUUGAUGGCUCGUCAAAUCGGAAAGAUGUUGAACGCUCGCGAACCAAAGAUUGUAAACGGUCCUCAAAUAUUGGACAAAUAUGUUGGUGAGAGUGAAGCCAACGUCAGGCGAUUGUUUGCCGAUGCGGAGGAGGAGGAGAAGAGGUGUGGACCCAACAGCGGCUUACAUAUCAUCAUAUUCGACGAAAUCGAUGCUAUCUGCAAGGCCCGAGGCUCUGUGGGUGGAAACACUGGGGUACACGACACUGUGGUCAACCAGCUGCUCUCAAAGAUCGAUGGCGUUGAUCAACUAAACAACAUUUUGGUGAUCGGUAUGACCAACCGACGUGACAUGAUCGACGAAGCUUUGCUCCGUCCCGGCAGACUUGAGGUCCAAAUGGAGAUCGGCUUGCCCGACGAAAACGGACGCGUUCAGAUCUUGAACAUUCACACCAAACGCAUGCGAGAGUACAAGAAGAUUGCCGAGGAUGUCGAUAAUAAUGAGCUAGCAGCACUCACAAAGAAUUUCUCGGGAGCAGAGAUAGAAGGUUUAGUGCGGGCUGCACAGUCAACUGCUAUGAAUCGACUCAUCAAGGCCUCAAGCAAGGUGGAAGUAGACCCAGAGGCCAUGGAAAAACUCAUGGUAGAGCGCACGGACUUUCUGCAUGCAUUGGAAAACGAUAUUAAACCGGCAUUUGGUACAGCUGCUGAAGCUUUGGAGCACUUCCUAUCCCGCGGGAUUAUAAACUGGGGCCCUCCUGUGACAUCAAUUUUGGAAGACGGAAUGCUUUACAUUCAACAAGCGCGCGCAACUGAAGCCAGCGGUCUAGUAGCAGUCCUUUUAGAAGGACCACCCAACAGCGGGAAGACAGCGUUGGCAGCGGAAUUAGCAAAGAGGUCCGAUUUCCCGUUCGUGAAAGUUUGUUCGCCAGAAGACAUGGUUGGCUUCACAGAAAAUGCCAAAUGCGCGCAGAUACGGAAGUACUUCGACGAUGCGUACCGUUCAAGUCUCUCAUGCAUUCUCGUGGACAAUAUCGAGCGCUUACUGGACUAUGGGCCGAUCGGACCGCGAUAUUCUAACUUGACACUGCAAGCGUUGUUGGUGCUGCUCAAGAAGCAGCCGCCUAAAGGCAGGAAACUACUCAUAUUGUGCACUAGCAGCCGAAGACAAGUAUUAGAAGACAUGGAAGUAUUAUCGGCCUUCACUGGUGUCCUCCAUGUGCCAAACCUAUCACAACCAGAACAUGUAAUGGCCGUUUUAGAAGAAUGUGAUGCAUUCUGCAAGAAGGAUUUAAGCAAGAUACAAAAGAACUUGAGGGGUGCUAAGAUAUUUAUCGGCAUCAAGAAGCUUCUAGCUCUAGUCGACAUGGUGAAACAGACCGACGAAGAAUCCCGGGUGGUCAAAUUCCUCACAAAAAUGCAAGAGGAGGGUGGUCUCGAUCUCGGCACCACCAUACAUUAAGAAUUGUUACAACCUUAGGGAUUACAUACGCAUACCACACGCACGCCCUCACCGAACCAUUCCACUAAUGCACACUAUCCAUUAAAAGCCCACAAUACUAAAGUCACUGAGUGCACUCCUUGCACCUCGGAUCUAAGAAGCUACGAGAUUGACUACGACGAAGUUAGCGAGAGUAUUGAGUCCUUAGGAGAUUCUAGUCACAACAAAAGAGGAAGAACAGCUAAAGGCAAUGAAAUAUCACCAGUAAAAAUGCCACUGAUGAGAAUCCGAAGCGUGGAAAUCGUUUUUGAAGAUGAUAUGUCCAUGUGCACAGAUACGGGGAUAUUAGAUCGCAGCAUGGAAUUGCUUCCGUCUGAUAGCAGCAGCGACGAUUCUACUAAAUGUGUUGACGAUUUACAUGCUGAAAGAGACGAGAAUGAUUGCUCAGUAACAUUAAACGCGGAGGGUGAUUUAUCAGAUGACACGUAUAAUUCUUCAAGGGACAAUAUUAUCUGCAAAGAAAAUCAUAAAACAGAAACACCACAAAUCCAUCAAGCCGAAGCAGACAGCACUCAUAUUGAAAACUAUAGUAAAAAGAGCAUAAUGGUCAACGAUGAGACCACAUUAUCACUCAUUGUAUCUGAAAUAGGCGAUUCUGGGCACUAUACUGAAGAUCCAUGCUCAUCCCACAUAGAAACAGCUCCCAUUAUAACUUACGACGAUGCUUUGCUUUCCCAUUCUUUCGACGUCGUCAAUAUUGAUGAAACAUCAGUGGUGCUCAAUACAUGCGAUCUAUCCGAAGUUUGUAGCAUUACUGAUAAAAGAAAAUCUAUGUUAUUAUAUGAAUAUAUUGAAAGCAAUAGUGAUAAUUCCGAUAAUACUGCUAUAUGUGACGAUGAAAAUGCUGAAGUGAAAAUUUUAACAUCUCUUCACAAUGAUGUGGUUUCUGAUGAGGAGGACACCGUGAGCUACAGUUAUGAUCUACAAUAUGAUUCUUUUGUUGACAUGGGAAAGUUUUGAACAUAUAAUCUGUAUUAAAAUGGUCCUAACAUUUUAAGGCAUUGUGUGGCUUUUUAAAAUUAUGUUUUUGAAAUAUUUAAAUGUUUGAUAUUACUUUAACACAUUGAAUUCAAAUGUAUGACUUGUGUUGUACUUUGUUGAAAUUUUACUGGUUUAAUUGCGUAUUUAUUUUGGUGUGAAAAUGUUACCUUUUGAUUGAGCUAUUUUACACCCUCUAGACCAGUACACGCUUAUGCACAGUGGGCUCAGUGGUAUGCAACUUUCAUAACCAUGUCAUGUCCUAACUACUUAAUUUCUUAGCAAAUCUUCCAAAUAACUUUGUGUAAUAUUGAAUAUCCAUAGGAUAAAUGAAAGUAACUAGAGUUUGUGUUCCUAAUGCCAAAUAUGACAUGGUUAGAGAAAUCCCGGGGUUGUAAGUUAAGACAAUAGCUCAAUAUUGUAAUAAUAUUGUAUUAUAAUUUAGCAAAAGUAAUAUUUAUUUACUUAAAUUUUUAUUAAAUUGUGAUGCAGCUUCAUGCUGUCUUUUUGUUUAUGUAAUAGACAUAAUUGACGAUCGUGUACUAAUAGUAGUAGAAGUUAAGGAAAUUUUAUCAAUAUGGACUAUUUAUUAAUAGAGAAUUACAAAUAAUUCAUGCAUAGUGUUACUGUAGUUGUAGAAUUUCACAAAUACUUAUAUAGCUUAAAUCAAUUACAGUUAUAUUAUUCAUGAGUACAAUUACAGAUAAAAAUAAAAAGCUUUAGAUGUUGUAUGUUAUUACUUCUAAUCACUGAUUCAUACAUAUUAUGGCAUAAAAAUUAAAAUAAUCUUAAAAAUCUAACUGUUAGUAGAAAUUAAAAAAAUAUAUUGCGUCAAUUCUAAAAAAAAUAUUCUAUUAGUGCGUUUUUAGAAAAAAGCACUUCAUUACAUACUCGUCUAUUUAAAUAUUUUCUGAACUGUUAAAAUACUGUUUAUUUUUAAGGAAUGUUAAUUUACACUAUUAUCAACUAUUUUUCAAAGCGUAAAAAAUUAUUAAAGUACAUCAAAAAAUUAAAACUUGUCAAAACAAUGUUAGAUUUUCUUAAUUUUAAAAUGUUAUCACUGUUAAGCGUUGUUAAUUGUUGCCACGGGAUUUGAUUUUGUUGUUUGUGGAAAUUUUGUGUGCUUACAUUCCAUUCAUACAAUCAUGUUCCAAUUCGUAUUUGAAUAUUAUUGUGAAAUUGGAGAAAUAAAAUAUUUUGAAAUAUCCACGCUUGUAUGGCUAACUAGUUCAGUAGCACUUAAAUAUUUUAAUAUUGAUAUAUUUAUUGUGUGUGAAUGUAUGACCAUUUAAAAUAUAUAAUUGUGAUUGGCAGACAGUCAUUAUGGCAUGCUUGAUUUAAUAAAUAUUGUAUGUGUAAGAUAUUGUUAAAUGUCUAUUAUACCCUUACUUAAAUUGUAUAGAUAAAAAUUUCACUUCAGUAUUUUAAUAUAAAAACAACCCUAUUUUUUUAAUUAUACCAAAUAAUUGAUAAAAUUAUAUUUGUGUGUUUAAUCAAAUCCUUAUCACAUCUAGGAUUAGAAUACAGCAAAUUAACAUACUGGUGAAAGGUGUUUUUUAAUGUUAGCUUUUCUUACAAUACUCUGAUAUAUAAACCCUGCCAUAAAUGAAUUGUCUUGCCUUUUACAAUCAAAGUAUAUUGUUGGAAAUAAAAUGAUUAACAUGUU